UAAAUACUACUACAUUUCAUUUGCUUACUUCAUCUUGAAGACACUUCCUCCUCAUCUUCCCCUAUAGCCUUAGCUAUCUAUCUAGCUAUCUCCCAUGGCUCCAGCUUCUUUCACUCAGAACUCAAAGACAGUUUGUGUAAUGGACGCUUCUGGCAGCUUAGGCUCCACCCUUGUGGAGCGGCUUUUGCAUAAAGGCUACACAGUCCACGCCGCUGUCCAAAACCAUGGUAUACAAUGUUUUGAAGGGGAGCAUUAUGAUAAUAAGAAAUUGAGGGUUUUUCAUUCAGACCCUUUGGACUACCAUAGCAUUAUGGAUGCCUUGAAGGGAUGCUCUGGCUUAUUCUACUCCUUCGAGCCUUCUUCAGAUCAGCCCACUUAUGAUGAAUUUAUGGCAGAGGUUGAGGUCAGGGCAGCUCACAAUGUGCUGGAAGCUUGUGCAAGAACAGACACUAUAGACAAAGUUGUCUUUACAUCGUCUGCUACCGCCGUUAUAUGGAGAGAUGACCGUAAUACGAUGUCGUCUGAUAUUGAUGAGAGGCAUUGGAGUGACAUUAAUCUUUGUAGAAAAUUCAAGUUGUGGCACGCUUUAUCAAAGACCCUGGCCGAGAAGACAGCAUGGGCCUUAGCCAUGGAUCGAGGUGUGAACAUGGUGUCCAUAAACGGAGGGUUCCUGAUGGCUCCUCCUCAUCUAACAAUCAAAAACCCAUAUUUGAAAGGAGCGGCUGAGAUGUACGAAGAUGGUGUAUUUGUUACUGUGGAUCUCAACUUCAUUGUGGACUCUCACAUCUGCAUCUUUGAAAAUGUCUCAUCCUAUGGCCGAUAUCUCUGUUUCAAUCAUGUCAUCAGUUGCAACAAAGAUGCCACUAAGCUUGCUGACAUAUUAUUGCCACCCUCUGAAGCCUGUUCUCCUGAAAGAUUGGAGGACACAAGAGUGUACCAGCAAAGGAUAAGCAACAAGAAACUAAACAAAUUGAUGGUGGAUUUUGAAAGUUGAUCACCUCAGGAAGAUUGAUUUGCAGCUUCAACAAGCAGAGACCAUCUCUUUCUUUCUUUCUUUUUUUGGGUUUGCUGAGGUUUCUUUUAAUUUUUGGUAUAAUUUCGUUACUGAAAGGUGAAAAAUUAGCUUUUUUAUUUUUUAUUUUUUUAGGGUGAAAGGUUAGUUCUAGGUAUGGGAUUGCUGAAUUCCUUAAUGAAAUCUUGCAGUCAAAAAAUGAAUGUUACCGUCAAUGGUCUGGAAGGAA